CUGACCAACAUCUUUGAGGCGUUCCUGCCCCAGCUGCUGGCCUACCCCAACCCCAUCGACCCUCUCAACGGAGACGCUGCCGCCAUGUACCUGCACCGGCCAGAGGACUACAAACACAAGAUCAAAGGUGAGACACACACACACACACACACACACACACACACACACCAGAUUGCCUGUCUGACUCCCUUCUCUUUUCCUUCUCUCUGUUCCAGAGUAUCUCCAGAAGUAUGCGACAGAGGAGGCUCUAAAGGAGCAGGAGGAGGGAGGCGACUCCUCGUCUGAGAGUUCAAUGUCAGACUUCUCUGAGGAUGAGGCUCAGGACAUGGAGUUGUAG